AUGAGCGAAGCAGACAUCGAGCAGAUGAACGACAUGCGCAUAGGGGACAUUGGCGUCUCCCGAAUCCACGGUUUUAUGGCGAGUCUGGCCGGCGGGUAUCAUAAUGUCCCGUACACAACAAGGGACAUGCAUAAUGUAAAUGCGAAACAACGAAGGGAGGGUGGCCUAGAUGCGGAAUCGUGCCUAAGGUAUCUCCGAGAGUGCAAGGCAAAUGAUCCAGCACUGUACUACAAGGAAGUUAUUGACGGUGAGGGCGUGUUGCAACACCUUUUUUGGUGUGACGGCACCAGCCAAAUUGAUUACCAGGUGUUUGGAGACGUGGUUGCAUUUGAUGCAACGUACAAGAAAAAUGUUUACCUUUCACCUCUUGUAGUAUUCUCCAGUAUGAAUCACCACAACCAAACGGUUGUCUUUGCCGCUGCACUGGUGGCAGACGAGAAAGAAGAGACCUAUGUCUGGCUGCUUCAGCAGUUGCAAACUUCAAUGAAAGGAAAGGCUCCCGUGUCCAUAAUAACCGACGGUGACAGGCAAAUGAAGUUUGCGAUCGAGCAAGUUUUUCCAGAGGCUCACCAUCGACUCUGCGCUUGGCAUCUACUCCGAAAUGCCAUGAGCAACAUCGGAAAGCCCAAAUUCACCAGGAUGUUUAGGGAUUGCAUGCUCGGAGACUACGAGGUCCAAACAUUUCAGAGAAAGUGGUUUGAGAUGGUUGAGAAAUUUGGCGUCGCCGAUAAAAGAUGGGUACAGGACACGUACGAGAGAAGGCACAGUUGGGCCACAGCACACAUACGGGGAAAGUUCUUUGCCGGAUUUCGAACAACAUCAAGGUGUGAGGGCUUGCACGCUGUGAUAUCACGGUAUGUUAAGUCUCGAUACAGCUACACUGAGUUUUUACGUCAUUUCCAUCGAUGCUUGAUGUUCGUGCGCGCAAAGAAGGUGGAGGCUGAUUUCGAGUGUGCAAAGGGUGACCCUGUUAUGACCACCAACCUGAAACAGCUGGAGCGGAGUGCAGCCGACAACUACACUCGUGCGAUAUUCUAUUUGUUUGUUCCCAUUCUUGACAGGGCCUGUGCAAUGAGGGUGGUUGACUCUGAAGACAACGGUUCCUAUUUUAUCCACACCGUCUCUCGAUACGAAACUCUGGGGAAGGAUUGGCGUGUUGUUGCAACGUCUGAUACGAGGGAGGUCCGAUGCACGUGCAUGAGAAUAGAAUGUUUCGGGGUUCCCGGCGAACAUAUAAUUGCGGUGCUUGUUCUUAACAAUGUUCAUGAGAUCCCGAGGUCUCUAAUAUUACCGAGAUGGACCAAGCAUGCAAAACUUGUGGUGGUGCAGUCGAUGGGCGUGAUUUGGGAUUGUACAACUGACGCAACACUGGUGUCUGAUGGAUUGGUACCGGAAAGUGUGCAAGAUUGCAUGUCACAGCACCCAAAAGUUUCAGUUUGCAAGAGACAUUGCCGUGCUGAUACUGAAGCACUUCAAGAACGAAGAUGCAGGGGACACCAGUUUUCCACCCGAGAGGCCACCUACUGA